AUGUCCGGGGCCAACAGCUCCAGUCUGACCCCGGGAUUCUUUAUCUUGAAUGGUGUUCCUGGACUGGAAGCCAUACACAUCUGGAUCUCCCUGCCAUUCUGCUUCAUGUACAUCAUUGCUGUCCUGGGAAACUGUGGCCUCAUCUACCUCAUCAGCCAUGAGGAGGCCCUGCACCGGCCCAUGUACUACUUCUUGGCCUUGCUGUCCUUCACUGACGUCACCUUGUGCACCACCACUGUACCCAAUAUGCUGUGCCUAUUCUGGUUCAACCUCAAGGAGAUUGACUUUAAUGCCUGCUUGGCCCAGAUGUUUUUUGUCCAUAUGUUGACUGGUGUGGAGUCUGGGGUGCUCAUGCUCAUGGCCCUGGACCGCUACGUGGCCAUCUGCUACCCCUUACGCUAUGCCACCAUCCUCACCAACCCUGUCAUCACCAAGGCUGGUCUUGCCACCUUCUUGAGGAGUGUGAUGCUCAUCAUCCCAUUCACUUUCCUUACCAAGCGCCUGCCCUAUUGCCGGGGAAACUUGAUCUCCCACACCUACUGUGACCACAUGUCUGUGGCCAAGGUAUCCUGUGGCAAUUUCAAAGUCAAUGCUAUUUAUGGUCUAAUGGUUGCUCUCUUGAUUGGUGUGUUUGACAUGUGUUGUAUCUCUGUAUCUUACACUAUGAUCUUGAGGGCUGUGGUGAGUUUGUCAUCAGCAGAUGCUCGUCACAAAGCCUUCAGCACCUGUACAUCUCAUAUCUGUGCCAUUGUGAUCACCUAUGUCCCUGCUUUUUUCACUUUUUUCACUCAUCGUUUUGGAGGACACAAUAUCCCCCACCACAUACAUAUCAUUGUGGCUAACCUGUAUCUGCUACUGCCUCCUACCAUGAACCCAAUUGUUUAUGGAGUCAAGACUAAGCAGAUUCGGGAAAGUGUAAUCAAAUUUUUACUUGGAGACAAGGUUGGCUUUACCUAA